GUUUGGUAGGAGUUGAUUUUUCGUUUAGUAUAUUAUUUUGGUUUUUAUCGAUAUUUUAGUCCGUGGUAAGGUGUGGUUUUACCAAAAUGCCUACGCAGGUGGAACAAAAGACAGUUGACCCUGAGGCUGAACUCAGCAAUGUACAAAGAACGUUUCAAAAGUUGGCGCCAAUGUGCAGCGUGGAAAAAAGAGCGGGCGGAGUUCCACAGUUGGCUCCACAAGAAAAGCAAUUGGGUAUCCUGGCGCACGAACUCAAGGAGACACUACUCUGCAUCAACCUCGCAAGAAAAGGCCAGCACGCCCUGAGAGAUAGCCAAGUGAAGAAUGGUAUGCGAAAGUCGAUCGUAGAGUAUGAGCAGCUAGAGUCAGAAUUGAGGGACGAGAAAGCACAACAGGCUGAACUGGACUGCCUGAACUAUCUCGCACAGAAGCAAGUGGUCGAGUUACUGAAGAAAGUACCCACUGAGGCUGAUGAACUGACAAUGAUAGAAAAUGCAAACAAAUGCCUCCGCCGUAUGGAAAACCGUUUGGAUCUAGCAACAAAGCGAUUCUGUGUCGUCAACUCGGACAAUAAACAGGUUCGAGAGGAGAUACACCGUCUUCUUGUUGAAAGAAACGACUUUAACAUACAAUGGAAUCGCACCAUCGGUAAGCUAGUCAAAGGCAAGGAGUACCUGAUGGAUAUAUUUGAGAUUGCAGCCGUGGCUUUCGGGGAUAGGGAUGAGUGCUGCAGGAAACUUGAAGCCUUGAAAUGGAAGGGACUUUUCCAAUUAAAUAGAGAUAUAUCUGAAAUGCAAUCAUACGAAGGAGAGCUAAACCAUCUUGCUAAAUUAGAAGAGUUCUUGCGAGUCAAAGGCUCCCGGAGAAUGUGUGAAGCGGAUGAGAAGGAAGAGAUUAAGCGGCAAGAUGAGAUCCAGCGCUGCGAACAAGAAAUCGCCAGACAUGAUGCAUUGCUUGAGGAUAUAUUUGAGUACGCUGGCACGGAGAGAGUUGCGACGAUAGUCAACCAUUUUAGAAUGUCGGAGAUAGAGAACUUCUCGACGUUCGUGCUGCUAUGUGAGGUGCUGCAGGAGUCUAUUAUAAUGAGACGAGAGCUUGAGCAAUUGCGUCAAAGAAUACUGGACCAACGAGACAUAAACGAAGCGCGUGAAGAGAAGCAGGACAAGAGAAUAGUGAGCAUGAAGGUGGAACUGGAGGCCAGGCGUGCCAGGAUACAGCAUAUGCAAGAACUGAACAGCACAGCAGAUGCUACCAUUGUAAAAGUGCUUAGAGGAAUCGAUGAUCUUGUCAGACUAGCGAAAUGUGACGUCACACCAUUGCUGUCACUUUUGGGUAACCACAAAGAAGUUACGAAAUGGAACGUCCCAAAGUUCCUUAGGAUACUAGAGACCGAGGUUAAGAGUCUCAUUGAAAUUGUCUAUGGCGCUGUAAAACCUCCGGCUCCUACACCCAAGGCUCGUAAAGGUCCAGGUGCCCCGCAGCCAGCCAAGUUGGUCGCCGACCCCUACGUGGAGGCUUUGCGACCGAAUAAAAUUGAGAAGCUGGUCCCUUACCAGCCAUGUGCUUAUUGCGUUGAGGACUACAUAAUGAAUCUUGUUUUUGAAACGCCUGCCGUGCCCGCGGACAAGGAAUAUAUUGAAGGAAUAUUCCACAUGGAGGACGUGAACACAAAGUUUGGAAUAUACACGCUUACUAUCCCAGCUAAACGUCAUCCUUACAGAGGGCCGAAGAAAGAUUAAUGCAUUGUAAUUAGAAAUCAUAUUGUUCUGCUUUGGAAA